AUGUCUGCAGUAAUAGCAUCCGAAAAAGCUUGUAAUGAACCCAAAUCAAAAUUACGUUAUUUCGAUCUUGCUCAAGAGCUAACAAAAAUGCUAUUACCGAUCGAAGGUUACGAGCAAUCGCCAUUAUUACAAUUGGAAGAAGCUGUUGAACCAUUAACAAAAAUUGUUGAUGAUUUACAACGGCGAGUUUAUAUUAGUAAACUGAACUGUAAAAAUCCAACCAAUGGCCUCACACAGGAUGAAUCAGCAUCAAUUCGUUUAUAUACAUUAGAAUGGAGUCCAAGUGAAAAAAGCUUGUAUUACAUACUACAUCAGACUCUACGUGAUAAAAAUCGUGAGAAAUUAAAACCAUGGUUUGCCUAUUUAAAACUAUUUCUAACAGCAUUAUAUAAACUACCAUCGAUUAAAGCAACCGUAUGGCGUGGAAUUAAAAUGGAUAUAACUGGUAAAUUUGAAAAAGACGACACAUUUGUAUGGUGGGGUCUUAGUUCAUGCACUGAGUCACUUGAUAUAUUGGAAUCCGAACAAUAUUCUGGUAAAACUGGCACUCGUACCCUGUUUUCGAUUGAAUGCAUGAACGGGAAAAUGAUAAAAGAACAUUCAUUAUAUGAAACAGAAAAUGAAAUUUUAUUGAUGCCGGCCACAUGUUUCGAAGUGCUUAGUAAAGUAAAUAGUGGUCAUAGACUUCAUAUCAUGCACGUAAGAGAAGUUAACCCACCGUAUGUGCUCAUAGAACCUCCGUUUCAAGAUGCUAGUUCAGAAUCGCGACUAUCAGCCCGGAAAACCUUUGAAGAAAAAUUUGAUAUGGAUGCGGUUUUUCAUGCUGUGAGUAAACUUAAAUCAGAUACAACAUUUCUGGAUUUAAAUCAAAAGAAAAUAACGGAUGAAGGAGCAAAAGUAAUGGCCAACGCUUUAGUUAAACCAACAUGUCGUUUAACCGAUCUGGAGCUUGAAGGAAAUCAAAUUACGGCAGAAGGCGCCAAACUACUUGCCGAUGCAUUGAAAAAAAAUAAGGUUUUAACAUGUUUUGAUAUUUUGGGUAAUCAGAUAGGAAAUGACGGUGCUCAGGCUCUAGCCGAAACUUUGAAGAUCAAUCAGACUCUGACCACACUUGAUCUUGCAUUUAACGAAAUUUCAGAUGAAGGAGCCAGAUUUUUGGCUGAUGCUUUAAAAGCAAACAAAACGUUAGUCACUUUAGAUGUUUACGGGAAUCAGGUCGGUGAAGAAGGAGCUCAAGCUUUUGCUGAUGCACUCCGAACAAAUUGUUCUUUAAGAACACUUGCUUUUUUUAAAAACCAUAUCGGAAACAAGGGAACAAUGGCAUUGGCCGAUGCUUUAAGAGUUAAUACAAGCUUAAUUACACUUAAUAUUGGUGCUAAUCUAAUUUCAGAUGAUGGAGCAGCGGCUAUUGGAGACGCGUUGAAAGUCAACAAAGUUUUGACAACCCUUUGUCUGGAUGUAAAUGAAAUAGGAGAUAGAGGAGCUAACGCCGUUGCUGAAGGGUUAAAAAUCAAUAAAACUUUGACUAGUCUUAACAUUAGUCAAAAUUUAUUUUCGGAAAGUAGUCGCAAAAUAAUAGGUCAAGCAUCCAAAGUUCAUCGAACAUUAACAUCACUUUACUUUAAUUAA